AUGUAUCAAUAAUUUCCAACUCAUUGUUACUUCUCAUAGUUUUUAAAAGUUAAAAAUGCUGAUAAACUAAAUAACAAUUCAAAGACUAUAAAUAUCAAAGCAACCACAUUUAUUAUUAUCUCCAAAAUAACAAUAUAAGUUUACAAGACUAUGAAAAAUAUAUAGAAGAAUAUGCAUGGGAAAAUAAUGAUUUUUUGGUACCAUAAAAUUUAUGAUGGAGAUUCAGUUUUAUUGCCAAUCGAUCCUAAUAUCAAUCGAGGGAAUUAACAAAAUGCCAAUAAAAAUUGUAAGAAUAUUUCAAUUCCUAUUUUAUUUGGAGGGUAAAAUAAUCCAUAACCCUUAUAUACUAACUAUAACUCUGAUAUGAAUACUGUAAAAAUAUAAUCAAAAUACAGGAAAGUUUACAAUGGAAUAGAAGCCAAAGGCCUUUUUUCGUCAUUAAUAUUGGAUGCCUCCUUCAUUUGCUAAAUUUGA